AUGGCAGACACGUCCCUGCCAGACACGACCCUGGCAGACACGACCCUGGCAGACACGACCCUGGCAGACACGACCCUGGCAGACACGUCCCUGGCAGACAUGACCCUGCCAGACACGACCCUGCCAGACACGUCCCUGGCAGACACGUCCCUGGCAGACACGACCCUGGCAGACACGACCCUGGCAGACACGACCCUGGCAGACACGACCCUGGCAGACACGACCCUGGCAGACACGUCCCUGGCAGACACAACCCUGCCAGACACGACCCUGGCAGACACGACCCUGGCAGACACGACCCUGGCAGACACGUCCCUGGCAGACACGUCCCUGGCAGACACGUCCCUGGCAGACACGACCCUGGCAGACACGACCCUGGCAGACACGACCCUGGCAGACACGUCCCUGGCAGACACGGCCCUGGCAGAUACGACCCUGGCAGACGCUUUUCACUCAAUGUUAUCAAAGCUGAGGUUUUGGUCUUUCACAGAUGACUCGCCGUAUACUGUGGCUGGAGCGGCUCAUUCCAGCCCGGCCUACAAGACGCCUCGCUCACAGCCCAGUCCGGGGGUUAGACCCCAAGCAAGACAGCCCAUCACCCCAGGGCGGCAGGAGACGCUGGACCUGGAGGCUCAGAAGCCUUAUGGGACAGUUUCGACAAGUGGGUCGUCUCUCCCGCCGCCCGGGAGGGACUCCGCCACGGACGACCUGCAGCGCCCUCAGAGUGAGGGUGAGGGAGGCGGGAGUGUGGACGACGUGUUGGCAGCCCUGGUCGGCUACUCCCACGACCCCGACCUCUGGCGCUUUGUCCACAGUGUUGUAGAUGAGUUGGACUACAGCCGCCGGGCCAGGACGCGGGCACCCAACCACCGCCGGCUGCCUGUUCUGCACCUCACGCCCUCACACACCAGGUGGUGGAGGGCGGUACCUGUUGAUAGGAACGAGGCACCAAAAAACUGGAUGAAUGAAAGCCGGACUGACAAAAGUGUGGGUGGAGGCGGAGGCAGGGAGGGAGGCGGUUAUGGUGGCGUCACCAGUCCAGCUCCACCCCUGCCACCACCACCACCACCACAGCUGCCCUCUAACAACCAGUUGGACCUGCUCAAGAGGAUACAACAAUCAGAACUACUCUACAACAGUCAAAAUGCAUCGGUAUCGUCUCGAGUUAAUACGAGUGUGACGAGAAGCCCCACCACACGCCCUCCACACUUCAUUUUCCACAAGGUUUAUGUUGACGCAAACUACGGCACUCGGACAAGGCAGACGUACCAACGCCCAGUGUUAGCAGUUAUGGCUGUUAGUGAUGACAGAAGAACAGCCACAAUUGCUGCAGAGGAUAAAGGAAAUGAUCUUCCAGACACCAUGGAUCUCAUAACAUACCAUUUAACUAGUGAUAAUAUGAAAGAUCUUCCAGAUAUAUCUGAUACGCUCUCAAUGUCUCCGAAAAAUUUAUCAAAAUUCUCCCAGGAAGAUUUGAAGUCAACAGAGUAUAAUAAGCAAGUGGAGAGCGCCGCCCCGAGGGCCUCGGAGCAGGUGUGGAGGAAGGUCCGACGCAGGAGCCACAAACACGGUCGCUUCACACACACACUCCGGAAACUGUACACAUUUAAGAGUCAAAUUAAAUUCCUGCAACGGUGGGAAGAGAAGUUAUGGCACAGAAGUCAACACAUACCAAGGACGCCGUCACCCAAGCUUUAACCCCAAGACCACCCCUUCUCGGAUCCAUCCUUGCAGUGUUAUUUGUACUCUGUACCUCCCUACUCUGCCUACCAUUUGGGUCGUCUCGUGUUUCAGCGCAGGUCCUUCACCUAACUUGAUCUCAUCGUCAUACCUCAGGUGCUCUGCUCCUCAAGUAUCCAGAAAAACACAUUUGCAGUUUUAAACAUUUCAGCCCCAUAUAUAAAGGACAUUUAAUUUUAUGGUCUUCUCUAAAUAAUAGAAUAUAAUGAAAUGGAUCUGAUACAUACUGCAAACAAAAGUACUACGUAGACUAAAAUUACAAACUUUUUUUCUUUUUAAGACGUACAGUAUUUCAAUAAGCCAGUGAUAAUGGCAGUCAGUGUCGGAUACUGUUGGAUACGGACAAAAGCCUUCAAGAUGUUUACCAUUAUUGCUCCUCCCUUGGAUCUCCCGUCCCUGUGGUUUCAGGGUCAUUCCAAAUCAUUUUGCUUAGAAUUUGUGUAAAUAGGAGAAAGUUAUUAUGAAUUCCCUAAUUGGCUGACAAAUAUGCAUACAGUAAACUUUACUCUUCCCUCUUCCUGUACCUCCCGAAUAUUACAGAAAAUAUCACAGAGAAAGAAAAUUAACCACAGUACAAAGCAUUAAUUACGGUUGAGGGUACAUAAAAAAUAACCGACUUUCAAAGUUCAUUAAAUCACAUCGUAAAAUACACAGAAUCGUACAUAUUUUAUCAGAAUCAAUGACUGGGACGCCGCAGACACACCAAUCACUAAGUUGUCAUAUUGAGCACAUUUGUGAUCACAAGUUGGUCACUUGAGUUCUGUGGUGCAAGGUGAUGUGCAGGUUGGUCACACCUAAAUAACAGGCUCAAUUACCACGAUAGGACAGUAGCUUUUCUGCAACGUUUCUUUUCACGUGAUGCGUCUGUUCACCUAGUAGUAAAUAGGUACCUAGCAAUGAAACAUCUAUUGUGGGUAACAUUCUCGAAAAAGUCACUAUAGUUGACUUUUAUAGGCGUAAUAGGCCUCCUGUCCCUGACCAUAGAAAUAAUUAGGUGAACCAAUAUUUAGGGUUUUGUUUACAGUAAAUCACCUAAAGGCACCUGAAUGUUGGGGAUCAUACUGCAAUAUAUUGUUGUCUUAACGCAUUACUUCCUCUCUUCUUUGUUUAAAGUAAUCUAGCACUUUUUUAUGUUGUGAUUUAGGCCAGAUAAUAAACAGGAUUACAUCCAGGUUCUCUAGUAUUUCUGGAUGCUGAGAGGCGAACAGUGAAGGAACACUGCUCAGUUAUUCCAUCCUGCCCGGGAAUCGAACCUGGGCCAGUCUGGCAUGGUUAGGAGAGGGACACCAGUGAUAAUCCAGUACUUUCUUUGAAACUUGAUUACUGUAGAAAAGUAUUUAAUAUUUUUACUUUGCUAAUUGCUUAUUUUAAAGGAAAGCUCUAUAUGUACUUAAUUUAUACCCUAGGAGAGCAGUUUGUAAACAUUCAGAUGUCACUAUGUACCUCUCGGCUGUGAACAUACAUAUUUCUCGCAGAAUAAGUCACAAUAACGGGGCUGAAUAACACGCACACACUCACACGUGAAAAUGAGUGACGGUGACAUUUCAGUCCGUCGCGGACGUCACCAAAUGUUCAUUCACUAUCACAUCCUGGACGUGUCCCUCCCCCUCCCCUUCAGUGUACAUUCACUAUCACAUCCUGGACGUGUCCUGUGUACACUCAUAAUGGUGUGGGGGGGUUGUGUUAUCCAUGUUUUAUAAUGUAUAAUUCUGCGUUACCGUGACCACAGCUAUUUACCUUGCUUUUGAGAUGGUUUCAUUUAGUAAGUACCACAUGACUAACUUGUAUAAUUAUAGGUCGCUGUAAUGUUGUAUAAUUCCACUAAUUUGUGGUAUCAUGUUGGUCAUUUCGUCACUGAUGUGUGUACGUGAUCCUUAGUCUCAUACCAGUACUUAAAUAUUUUUGAAAAUUAGAUUUUUAUGAUAGUUUAAAGAAAUUCUAAGCCAUGUUUGUAAUAUUAUAUUUUAAAGUAAUUUUUAAUAAAAGUAGCUUUAAGUAUAUAUAGUAACACUUGGUGUGCUUUGAAAUAAUUUUUAUUAGGGGAGUCUGACUAUUUUUGCCAGUUUUAAGUGCUGAUCUUAUUCUUGGAAGCUUUAAGUACUUUAAUUCAAGAUAGAACAAAUACCUGCUGUGUCUUGUAUACAAUCCUCUUUAUGUAUAUGGUGCAGGUGGAAGGGCUUGGCAGUACAGGGAAGGGCAUGGAAGAGGAAGUGUGAAAGGGGCAUAGAUGAGAUGGGAAACGAAAGUGGGAGAGGGAGUCGAUGUAUGGCAAUCUCUAGAGGUAAGUAGAGUAGUAAAGCAUAAUAACCCAGCAAAUGGCAGCUGCUAUCAUUGAAUUUUGUUUAUAUCGAUAUUAGUGUAGUGUGCAACUAAUCAAAUUAAAGGCAAAAUAUGGGAAUUUUCUGACAACAUUUUAGGAUAAAACAUUUAACACAAUUGGUUUUACUAUAGACACAUGGUAUCUUUAUCAUAUAUGCAUUGUACAGUAAUGGAAUAGUUCCAUGUGAUGAGCCUAAAGUUAUUGGUCACACUUUUACACCACAUUUAGACCACACAAAAUUAAUCCAGUAUUACAAAUAGAUUUUACCUCAAUAAUUACA